CUUACACCUUAAAACCGAACCUCGGCCGGACUGGACGAAGUCGAUUCGUCGAUUCACAACUCGUGCUGCUGCCGCUGCCGCUGCUGCCGCUGCUUGUCGUUUUCCAAUCUUCGAACGCUACUUCGGUUAACAAUAUGGCGGCGCUCAUACGGCAUGCUUGGCAAGCGAGUUCUUCCAAAUAUUCGGCACUGCUGAGAAGCGGAUUGACGGCUGGCACCACUGCGGACACGAGACGUGAUUACGCAUCUGUGAAAAAAUUUGGCAAGAGGAAAAAAAUUGAUAAAGAAACCAGAUUCCGAAAAACCAUUAACCUUGCGACCCUGAAGGCUGAACGAGAGUCACUCGCCACUAGAGGCUACUUGCGGUCGCAAAAAUCUUAUUCACCGGCUAAUGACGUCAUGAAACGUUUGGACGACGUCUGCCGCGUCGAAGGUGUGGAAUCUGUAAAUGAAACGCGUCUGGACGAACCAAUCACACGUUUUAAAUUGUUCACAGCGUGCGGUAAAGAAUUCGAUCAUGCGAUUCCGAAUUCUCUGUUACACACCGUGGAGACUAUUGCCGACCUACGCAAGUUUUAUCUAACCCCCAUAAACGCCACGGUACCAUUGGACGCUAUGCGGGAUCAAAAUUUACCAGAGAAUCUGCAUAUUCAGUACGAGUAUCAUCGGUUUGUUCCUGAAACGGAUACCAUGUUUGGAGGAAAGUCCGCUUUUCCCAAGAGCUCUACUCUUGUAACCGGUCUGAAAUACAAGAAGAAGUACCCAGGUCAUACGGCUAAAACUUCUUGGCCCUAAUUUCUACUUCACGACCCUGGUUAAUGUGCAAAUU